AAACAAACAGCCCCUUAUUCUCUCUUUCUCUCUGUGGAAAAUCAGCGCUCAAUCCCCACCAUUCUAGUUUUCUGUUUCCUUUUCUUCUUGCGAUGUCAAUCUUAAUUCUUUGUUGUGAUUUUUCUAGUUCCUGAUUUUGCUGUUCAACAAGAAAGCAACAGUCUCCAUCCAUUGCUAGGGUUCAUGGAAUUAUAUCAUCAAAUUAGGAACAAUAAAAAAACAAAGAGGAAAAGAUUAGUUUUUGGGGUUGGCAGUAGCUCAAUGCAGAAUAAGGGAGGAGAAGAAAAUUUUCGACCAACGGUGCAGCAGCCUGAUUUUCCUUACGGAUCGAAGGUCAAACGAAGUUUGAUCAUGCCCAAAUUUUAGUAUGUUGUUCCUCACAUCAUCUUAUUCAAAUCCAACAGUUCAUUUCUCCUUUUGAUGCUCAGAAGGUGGUUCUCUUGCUGUGUUUUCAGACCUGCAUUUUUUUUUUUGAGUUUUUACUCCAUUGUGGUGAAUUUGUUGAUUGUUGUUGUGCCAAGGUUACUCCUUAAUGAUUGUAUUUGCCUCUAGUGUUUACUAGAGAGGAGAACUUGUUGUACCCACUUCAUUCUUGUUGAUUGAUUAGUGGGAGUUUACUUGUGUUGUUUUUUUGGAGUUCGUUGUUCCUUGUCAUAUAUAUAUAUAUGCAUGGUACCAUAAAAAAAUUGGCUGAAGAAUUCAGCAUUACAAGUAGAACUGUAAGCAGCAUUUGGCAGGCAGUUCAAGCUCAAAUCCAAGAAGGUCAACCCAUUGUUGUAGAGUGUAAGUGGAAAGGAAACUGUGACAGAAAAAAGAUGGCAGUGGACUUUGAAAAAAUGGCAGCUCUACCUUUCAACAGGCGCAAAAACAUGCGUGCAUUAGGCUAUGGAAUGGGGGUAUCAAAAUCUACAGUCCAUAGAUGGCUUAAGUUAAAGCAGAUUAGGAGGCAUUCAAAUGCCAUAAAGCCAUUACUGUGUGAACCAGCUGCUGUUGGUAGGCCAAGGUAUGGGGAGCAUGGGGAAGUUUUGUGGGAUGGGAAAAUAGGCAUAUUCCCAUUCAUUUAUGAAGCUGCAGCUCAAAGGUCAAGUAAAAAUAGGCCAGCAGGGACAAUGGAGGUCAAGGCAAUCCCAAUAAUAAAUAGGGAUGUUAUGAAAGAGAUGUUACUCACAGGACAUGAAGGACACUGGAAUAUUGAAUUGAAAUUCCAGCCUCCAAACAGCCCAGACCUAAAUGUACUUGACCUUGGAUUUUUUAGAUCUAUUGACACAUUGCAAGACCAAGCUGCUCCUAGGUCUUUGGCAGACUUAGUUCUUGCUGUUACUACAGCUUUUGAAGAGCUCUCACAUGACACACUUAAUAGAGUAUUCUUAACCCUUCAAGGUGUGAUGGGUGAGGUUCUUCAAAACAAAGGGGGGAACCAGUUCAAAAUCCCUCACAUGAACAAAACAAAGAUGGCCAGAGAAGGAACACUUCCACAGAAUUUAGGGGUCAGCCCAGAAGUGUAUCACACUGCACGAGUGUACUUACAGGGGCAUAUGUGAGUACCUUUUGAUAUGGUACUUUUUUUUGUUAGUGCAACAUGGGAAGGGAAGAGUACAAUGCCUCUAUGUACUUCCUAUUGACUCCUAUUGCACAAGUUUUUUGGCAGGCUAUUGACAAGUGGUGUAUCUGACUCAGUUGGAGUUCUACUUGCUUUUUUUGGGUUUUUGGAUUUUUGUAAUGCAAGUGUAGCCUGUAUAAUUAUCAGUAAUGUAGCAUCUGUAUUUAUCACUUGGGUGUAAUGUAGCAUCUGUAUUUAUCAGUUGGAUGUAAUGUAGCAGCUGUUUUUAUCAGAAUAAAUUUGAUAAUCAUUU